GCGCAUAUAUUUCCUUCCCGCCUUUUCAGCGUAAAGCUUUGAUGGCUUCUUUGCGUUGAUCUGGGAACUCAGAAAAACCAGCCACCCUAGCCUUUAGCCUCUAACCCUAAGCCCUAGUGCUUCUAACUUCUUUUCCGCUACUGCUCUGUGCCGUAUCAGGUAGAAUGAUGGAGACGUACUUGAAGAAAAAUUUCGACGUUGAUCCUAAGCGUCCGUCUGAAGAAGCUCUUCGCCGAUGGAGAUCUGCGGUUUGGCUGGUCAAGAACCCUCGCCGGAGGUUCCGCAUGGUCGCCGAUCUCGCCAAGCGUGCCGAGGCCGAGCGCAAGCGCCGCAAAAAACAGGAAAAGUUAAGAGUAGCUCUAUAUGUGCAGAAAGCAGCGUUGCAUUUCAUUGAUGCUGGUAGCUGCAUUGAGCAGAAACUGUCUGAACCAGUUAGACGAGCUGGUUUUGGUAUUGAACCAGAUGAACUUGCAUCCAUUGUUCAGUCUCAUAACAGCAAAGUCUUGGAACAUCAUGGUGGAGUGGAAGGAUUAGCCAGAAAAGUUUCUGUCAGUUUGGGUGGUGGUGUCUUUUCAAGAGAUAUAGCCAUAAGGCAAAAAGUCUAUGGCUUGAAUAAAUUCAUCGAGAAACCUCCCAGACCAUUCUGGAGGUUCGUCUGGGAGGCCUUGCAAGAUCUAACUCUGAUCAUCCUCAUGGUAUGUGCUGUAGUCUCCGUAGGAGUUGGAAUUGCUACAGAAGGGUGGCCAGGAGGUAUGUAUGAUGGGCUCGGUAUAAUACUGUGUAUUUUCUUAGUGGUUAUAGUUACUGCAAUCAGUGACUAUAAGCAGUCCUUGCAAUUCAAGGAUUUGGAUAAGGAAAAGAAGAAUAUAUUUGUUCAGGUCAUAAGAGAAGGAACCAGACAGAAGGUUUCUAUCUAUGAUUUGGUGGUUGGUGAUAUUGUACAUUUAUCAAUUGGAGACCAAGUUCCUGCAGAUGGGCUUUUCAUAUCAGGCUAUAGCUUGUCAAUCGAUGAAUCAAGCUUGUCGGGUGAGAGUGAACCUGUCGAUGUCGACAAAGAGAGGCCAUUUCUCUUAUCCGGGACCAAAGUUCAAGAUGGAUCUGGUAAAAUGCUGGUAACCUCUGUUGGUAUGAGGACAGAGUGGGGGAGAUUGAUGGUUACUUUGAGUGAAGGGGGAGAAGAUGAGACACCAUUGCAGGUGAAGUUGAAUGGAGUUGCAACCAUUAUUGGGAAGAUUGGAUUGGCUUUUGCUGUUCUGACAUUUUUGGUUUUGACCACAAGGUUUCUGGUGGUGAAGGCGCUACAUCAUGAGAUAAAGAACUGGUCCACGAGUGAUGCUCUGGAACUUUUGAAUUUCUUCGCCAUUGCAGUAACCAUACUCGUGGUUGCAGUUCCAGAAGGAUUACCGCUAGCAGUAACGUUAAGCCUUGCCUUUGCAAUGAAGAAACUAAUGAAUGAUAAGGCGCUUGUGAGGCAUCUGUCUGCGUGUGAGACGAUGGGUUCUGCUAGCUGCAUUUGCACAGAUAAAACAGGAACACUGACUACGAACCACAUGGUGGUAACUAAACUAUGGAUUUGUGGAGAAGCGAAAUUGGUAAAGGGCAAAGACGCUCAAAAUCUAUUAAAUUCUUCUAUACCUAAAAGGGUAUUGGCCACUCUUUUGCAGUCUAUAUUCCAGAAUACAAGCUCUGAGGUGGUGAAAGGUAAGGAUGGAAAGACCAACAUCUUGGGCACUCCAACAGAGACAGCAAUACUAGAGUUUGGCAUGCUUUUCACAGAUGAUCUCAAUGGCUCUUGGAAGGAAUCUAAGCUAGUAAAAGUUGAGCCUUUCAAUUCAGUGAAGAAGAAGAUGUCUGUGCUCGUUUCUCUUCCAGGUGGCAGGUUUAGAGCUUUUUGCAAAGGUGCAUCAGAAAUAAUCCUGAGGAUGUGUGACAAGAUUGUCAAUGAACAGGGGGAUGCUGUGCCUAUCUCAGAAGAACAAAGGAAAAGUAUCAUAAGUGCAAUAGAUAGUUUUGCUUGUGAAGCUCUAAGAACUCUGUGCGUGGCUUACAAGGAUAUAGAAGGCACGUUUAAUGGAGAUAGUAUUCCUGAUGAUAACUAUACCCUCAUAGCAGUUAUUGGAAUAAAAGAUCCAGUUCGUCCUGGUGUAAAGAAAGCUGUUCAGACCUGUUUAGCUGCUGGGAUUACGGUGCGGAUGGUCACUGGUGAUAAUAUAAAUACUGCGAAAGCCAUUGCUAAAGAAUGUGGCAUCUUGACAGAUGAUGGAAUUGCCAUAGAAGGGUCAGAUUUUCGUGAUAAAAGUGUUGAGGAGUUGAAGGAAAUAAUACCAAGACUUCAGGUGAUGGCUAGAUCAUUACCCCUAGACAAACAUAAGCUAGUAUCCCAUUUGAGGAACGAAUUCAAAGAAGUUGUGGCAGUGACAGGUGAUGGGACCAACGAUGCUCCUGCUUUGCAUGAGGCAGAUAUCGGGCUUGCAAUGGGUAUUGCAGGAACAGAGGUUGCAAAGGAAAAUGCCGAUGUUGUAAUAAUGGACGAUAACUUUACAACUAUUGUGAAAGUUGCAAGAUGGGGCCGUUCGGUUUAUAUCAACAUUCAGAAGUUUGUACAAUUCCAAUUAACAGUUAAUGUUGUUGCUCUCAUGAUAAACUUCAUCUCUGCCUGCAUCUCGGGAUCUGCUCCUCUUACUGCUGUUCAGUUGCUUUGGGUGAACAUGAUCAUGGACACUCUUGGGGCAUUAGCACUGGCUACAGAACCUCCAAACGAUGAGCUGAUGAAAAGACCUCCUGUCCGAAGGAAUGUUUCGUUCAUAACCAAGGUUAUGUGGAGGAAUAUUAUAGGCCAGAGCAUCUAUCAACUGGUUGUCCUUACAGUUCUCAAGUUUUAUGGAAAGCACUUGCUGAAGCUUGAUGGUUCAGAUGCUAAUUCUACCCUUGAUACAUUUAUAUUCAAUACCUUCGUUUUCUGCCAGGUUUUCAAUGAAAUAAACAGCCGGGACAUGGAGAAAAUAAACAUACUCAGCGGCAUGUUCAGCAGCUGCAUAUUCAUGUUUGUUAUCACCUCAACAGUAGCCUUCCAAGUUGUUAUAGUUGAAUUUUUGGGCACAUUUGCAGAUACUGUGCCACUUAACUGGGAUUUGUGGCUAAUCAGCAUACUCAUUGGAGCAGUGAGCUUGCCGGUGGCCGUUGUCCUCAAGUGCAUCCCCGUCAACAUGGCUAACUGCAGCAUUGUUUCUGAGCAUCAUGACGGUUAUGAACCCCUCCCCAGCGGUCCGGACCUGGCAUGAUUUAAUCAAACUACAAUGGCUUCCAUUUGGAAAGGCAUAUACGUUUUCGGUAAUAAUUCGAAUACAACUUCACUCAGUGUUUUUGGAUUAUGAGGAGCUAUAUGCUGAUUUUAUAUUUUUUUAAUUCUUUCCUGAUUUCCUGCAGUAUUGCAUCUCCUUGUAUAGAGUUCAGCCUGGAAGUGUAGGUGGUUUUUGAGUAGGAAAACUUAGAUUUUGAUUGUUUCUAUUUGUAACGACCCAUCCGAGCUAUGGCACUAUUAGUGAAUAAUCAACCGAAUUAUUCACACAAUAAACUAACAACUGAAGGAUUGAACUAUAUUUCAAUAGGAAACGCUUUAGGUGGGUACUAGGCUUCGUCUUUCCUUUUGCCCCACUCGAAGAAUCAAUUCCAAAACAUAAAGGAAGCAUAGCGGAACGAGACCCGAAACCCGAGUGAGUUUCACCUUUCUUCAGCUCGUUUCACAACAAGGCAAAGAUGAUCCAGGCACAAAACUAGCACAACAAAAUUUCGCUGAGUACUGAAAAUUUAUGGGAACAUACAUUUCAAUCCUUACCUAAUCUAAAACUUAGCUCUACCAACUAAAGUCAUAUGCAUCAAGCAAUCUCAAUCAUUUAUCACACUAUAAUGAUUACAAUAACUAGAUACAAAUCAGCGUCCAACAACAUAUAUAUUCAAUCACGAGAAUAAAUAUACAUGCAACACCCGUGAAUGCAUGCAUGAAUAUAUAUAUACAUAUAUAAUUUAGGCAAUAUCGUUAGUCGCCACAUCCUCCUCCCAGCAUCAUCCCUACUUUCAUCUAGACAUACAAUACGAGGUAAAACCACAUGAGUCAUAAAGACUCAGUAAGAGUGCAAAUGAAUGCAAAUAAGAUAAUAUGUGAGAUGCAAUGACAAGUAAGUAUACAUGAAUGGCGAGGUAUCACUACCUUCCGAAUCCAUAUGUUCGAGGCAUUAACCUCCCAAAUUACCCACUCCACUAGACCACUUAUAGAACAUGCAUAACACACAACUGCAAACAACAUAUAUUUAUCAAUAUUACAAAUCAUUUGCAAGGCUACCAUCUUUGAGGUUAUCCCUUACUUGGCUCAAAGUCUCAUCUCUGCCAAAAGCGAGAACGCCAACCUGCUUCGCACUCUUCUAGGACCACCGUAUCUUAUAUUACCCUUACUGAGUUCCCAAAUUCACCCCUAUAUUUUCCCCACUAAUCAUACAGAUGACUUGGGGUGAAAAAGGGAAAGGCAUGUUGGUGGACAAGACGCCAGUUGGCAGUGAUCGUGGAUCAUGAGAAUGUGAGUUAAUCUCAUGUGUUAAUUAUGUAAUGUAUCUAUUGUGUAUUAACUAUGGGUAACGAUUAUGGUUUGACUCGAAGUCAACUCAAAACAAAUUAAGGUUUCAGCCAUGAGUAAACCCAGUGUGUGUUGGGAAUUUGAAUCGGCCAGUUGUGGUCAGAAUAUGAAAUAUGUGUAAAUAUGCUUGUCUAUUGGAGUAUUUUAUUGAGCGUGUUGGUAUUUAUUUUAUUUGUCUGUAAAAAUUGAAUUUAUAUUUUA